AUGUCGAAACGCUUGCGUACUGCUGAGCAGGAAAAAAGAGAUCAAAUAGUUAGAAAUAGGAAGAUAUACUCUUGCCAACGCUGCUUCAAGGCUAAAAGAAAGUGCGAUAAGACCAGACCUUCUUGUUUGAGGUGUUCCCGAGCACGAACAAGCUGUGAAUACUUUACGAAAAAACAAAUCGAUGAACGGUUUCAUGUCCGACAAGGUGCUCCGGUAUCUGUAACCGAAGACACAGAUAGUUCAAGCACAGAAUUACUCAGUCGAAGCGAAAGCAAUAGCGGUUCAACAUUGCAGAAUGUUUUAAAUACUGAGAUCAAUCCUAGGUUGAGCCAAAAGGAAAACCAGAACUUUACCAUUAUUGUAAGCUCAACAGGGGAGUACUCGAAAUUCUUUCCUACGUGCUUUUUCUCUUACUAUGAACAUGCAGGGAAUGUAUCGAUGGUUUUAAAUCUGAACAGUUUGAAAAAUAAGGCGUUGGCAACUUUCGACUUCUCCAAAAUCAUCUACCCAAUGCAUUCGCUAAAAGAAAUCAAAUCAAAAGUACCUUCUCGUGAAAUUUCCGACUUAUUGAUUGAUCAUUUUAUGAACUAUAUUGCUCCCUUCGUCCCUAUUGUUGACCCACAAGAGUUUCUUUAUGAAUAUGAAAAGUUCUGGGAAGAUAGUCAAAAUUUUGAAGACAAAAAUUUUCUAGUGGUAAUGUUUGCAAUAUAUUUUUGCAGUUGCACAAACAUCGCUUUGCUUAAGGCUCUCAAGGAUAAAAAGGAUUGCCUGAAAAACGAAAGCUUAAAAAACCUAGAUUGUGAAAAUUUGAGAACCUCAAGUUUCGAGUGUAUUGAGAAUUUGAGAAGGAUGUUGAACUCAGACACAACCCCUUCCAUGUCAAUUAUAAUAAGCUUAACACUUUUGUACUAUGUUGGUUCGGCUAACGGGUAUUCUGUCUCUGUCCAAAUCACUAAUUUGGUCAAAUAUGCCCAGAUAUUUGGUUUGCAUAGAAAUUUAACGACAGACUCAAAUGAAUUGCCAAUGAGGAGUAUAGUCUACAGAUUUGUGUGGUAUUUAGAUGGCUUAGGAGCUUACUAUUCAGGAUUUCCGCCCAACAUGCACCCCGAGUUUUUUGAAUGCGAUGAAAUUUACAAUCUGCCUUCAAAUGAUAUCCACAUUCUUUUUUUAUCAGGUAGGUUGUGCAAUACUAUGGUAUGGAACAAGCUACUUUUCGAGUUCAACAAAAUCAAAAAAUCUGAGUUUGACGAGUUUGAGGAAAUAGAAACUCUCUAUUUCAACUCAAUUGCAAUUGUCAACGCAAUCAAUAAAAAAAUCAUGGAGAGCGAAGACAAAGAUUUGAAAUACAAAAAAUGGUUGGUUACUGAAACACGGUUGGGAUUGCAUAAGUCGAUGUUGUUGGUAAGUGCUUUGAAAUACUCAAUGAAGUAUAAGGAAUACGAUAAUUACAACAGAAACAUUACAACAGAUUUGGUUUUACAAUCAAUGUUAUUAAUAAAUGAAUCGAUAUUUAAAGUCAAACUUGGUAUGGCUGUGAUGCCCGAAUCGAUUUGGUUUUACAGGUUUGCAAUACCAUUCCAAGCGAUGUAUAUUGUGAUUUCUCAUAUUCAAAAAUACCCGGAUCAACAUUUGAACUUUUCAACAUUAGAUAAAGAGCACGAAUAUACGGUAGACGAGGAAGAGCUUGAAUUGAACCAUAAUAUAGGCGAUUUGAGAGUUGGUCUUAUAGACUCAUCAAUAGAGUCGUUGUCCUUCUUGACAACAUUUUGGCAUUCGUCGAAGGUCGAGAGAUUCGAGAGGUUGACUAAAUUCAGAGACUUUGUAUGGGAAAGAAGAAGAGAAACUGAAUCACAGAAAGUUUUUGCACAGGAGGAAAACUAUGAUUCUAAUGAUAGGACCCCACUAGAUGAUGAUACAGUUUACGAUGAUGAAAAUGAAAUUAGCAACAGACUCGCCAAAGGGCUUAAUGGUUACAACACGUAUUUAGGUACGGGUUUGGACAACUCAAAUGUUUUUGAAAACGAUGAUUAUUAUGAUGCAUAUGCUUUUCUUGACGAUGGUUCAAAGUUCUGGUUUGGGAGGGAGUAUUAA